UUACCAAAAACAGUUACUUAUUGAAAACAUUAUUUUGUUAUUUUCCUUUGAUAUAUCUAGCUCAGGGGAACACUUUCUUACACUUUACUUGUGCUGAUUGAAGUAUAACCAAAAUUGAAAAAUGGCAGAAGAGACUGUCAUGCUUGUCCUACUAGUGAUUGUUAUGCUUAUCGGAUCAUAUAUAACUGGAUUGAUACCUUUGGUGAUGAAACUUAGUGAGGAAAAGCUUCGGCUUGUAACUCUUUUGGGCGCUGGUUUAUUGGUAGGUACAGCUUUGACAAUUAUAAUCCCCGAAGGAAUACGUUCAUUAUACAUCGAUACCUUUAAUAAAUUACCUGAAAUUGAGACAAUAAAUGAACAAAAUGCAAAGACCUCCCAUAUUGUAGCAACGACAAAGCAUACGAAAGAUGAUCAUGCAGAACAGAAUUUUUCAGGCACCAUUGGUAUGUCCCUUGUACUGGGUUUUGUGUUUAUGCUGAUGGUUGAUUAUUUAUCGCAACGUAAUAGCAUCAAGAGUGCUAAUGAUAAAAAUAUAACUGCUACAUUAGGACUGGUGGUUCAUGCCGCAGCGGACGGAGUGGCACUUGGAGCUGCAGCUACAACUAGUCAUCAAGAUGUUGAAAUUAUUGUAUUUUUAGCAAUAAUGCUUCACAAAGCACCUGCCGCAUUUGGACUCGUUAGUUUUCUACUUCAUGAAAAAAUUGAACAUCAAAAAAUACGCAAGCAUCUACUUAUAUUUUCCUUAUCAGCUCCAUUUCUAACUCUUAUAACAUAUUUUGGUAUUGGACAGGAGCAAAAAGAAACAUUAAAUUCUAUGAAUGCAACCGGUAUAGCAAUGCUUUUCUCUGCUGGUACUUUCUUAUAUGUAGCAACAGUUCAUGUGCUCCCUGAAUUAAUACAGAAUUCUAGUUCUCGUUCUCAAAGACAAUACGAAUAUCGAUCACUGGACAGUGCGACAGGUGGUAUCGAAUCACAAUAUGCCUCCAACAAUCUGAUUUCUAAAGAACUACAUUUCAGUGAAGUUAUAAUAAUAAUAUGUGGUGCAUUACUUCCCCUCAUUAUAACAUACGGCCAUCGUCACUAA